AUUAAAGCAAAUAUCCAAAAUCAAAAAAAUCAUAUAUAUAAAUAAUUAGUUUAAAAAUGUACCUUAACUCUAAAGGCUUAUUAGAAGAUCCAAAUCCACCUGAGCUUUUGAAGGAAUAAGAAAAGAAAAAUGGGCAUUCAGUUCAUAGAGAAUCAGUAUUUUCGAAUACAAAAUUUGAAAAAAAUACAACAUAUUUUCACAUAAUGGGUAUGAAAUAUAGAGAUAUUAUUAAAGGUCAUGAUGAACCUCAUGCUAUAAGAAGAAGACAAAUACUGUAAAAACAUCCAGAAAUAAAAGUUCUUUUUGGUCCAGACCUGAUGUCAGCAUGGCUUGGAGUUUGUAUAGUUUUAGGUCAAUUUUGGUGUCUAAACUUCUUUGCAACCACAAACUGGUUGUUGUAUUUGAUCUCAUCAUACUGCAUUGGAGCAAUACUUAGUCAUGCUCUUCAUGCUCUUAUGCAUGAUUUUACUCAUUACUUAUGUUUUGAAAGUAUGUAAUACAAUAAAUUAAUGGCUAUCUUCUUAAAUUUUGGUUAGGGAGUUCCAUCUGCUAUUACUUUUGGAAGGUAUAUAAAUUUUUUAUGUAUAAGAUAUCAUGCUGAUCAUCAUACAUUUAUGAAUUUACCUGAUUUAGAUCCUGAUUUACCAUCUUAAUGGGAGAUAGAUCAUAUCAAAGGACCAUUGCGUAAAUUUUUAUUUAUGCUUUUCUUACCUUUAUUCUAUUCACUUAGACCAAUGUUUAUAAGACCAUUAAUACCCAAUUCUUAUGAAAUCUUAAACUUAGUAUCUAUAAUCAUAUCAAAUUCAUUGAUUUAUAUAUAUAUAGGACCAUCUGCCUUGGGAUGGUUAUUACUAUCGACUUAUUUUGGAUUAAGGUAAAAUUAUAUUAAAUUAUUAAGUGUGCAUCCAUUAGCUGCUCAUUUGAUCACUGAACAUUAUGAAUUCAUUAAUAGAUUAGAAACAUAUAAUUAUCUAGGAAUUGCUAACUUUUUAAUUUUGAAUUUAGGAUAUCACACAGAACAUCAUGAUUUUCCAAAUAUACCUUGGUCUAGAUUACCUCUUGUUUCAAAGAUUGCUCCAGAAUUCUAUGAUUCAUUACCUUAUCAUACAAAUUAUACUUUAGCCAUUUUGGCUUAUAUUUUUGAUGGAUAAAUGGGACCUUUUUCAAGAAUUGUCAGAAAAGAACUUUAAAUAAAAGCAAAGAUUAAAUGAUCAUUUAUAUAGUAUUAUAUACG